AUGGACUUGCCAGAGGCCCUGGAUCGCCAAGGAGCCCACGCCACAGGAUGUGCUGGGAUUUGGGAUAAUCUUACCUGCUGGAUGCCAGCCAAGGUUGGAGAAACAGUCAGCAUACCAUGUCCAAUAAUAUUCCACCACCUCACCGAUAAACCAGGGAAUGUCAGCAAGAACUGCACAGCUAAUGGUUGGACAGACACAUUUCCAGAGUAUGUUAAUGCCUGUGGAUUUAAUAUCAGUGAAAAUGCUGAAAGGGCUAACUUUUACGUGCUACUGAGGGCUAUUUAUACGCUGGGACACAGUGCCUCCUUGGCUGCUCUCACGACUGGAUCGGCGAUUCUUUGUUUCUUUAGGAAACUUCGUUGUACUCGGAACUACAUCCACCUGAAUCUGUUUCUCUCUUUCAUUUUGCGUGCAAUAUCUGUUUUACUGAAGGAUGACACACUGUAUUCAGAUUCUGAGAAAAGCGAUUGCAGCACGCAGCCAACUCUGGUUGGCUGCAGAGCUAUCUUGGUCUUCUUCCAGUACUUCAUCAUUGCCAACUUCUACUGGCUGUUGGUGGAGGGCUUGUACCUGCACACACUCCUCAUGGUCUUUUUCUCAGAAAAUAAAUACUUUGUUCUCUACAUGCUGAUCGGCUGGGGAAUCCCCACAAUCUGCACAAUCAUCUGGACUAUUACAAGAAUCUAUUUAGAAGACAAUGACUGCUGGGACACUAAUAAGCAAAGCAUUCCAUGGUGGACAAUUAGAGGACCAAUCGUAGCAUCUAUCAUCCUAAACUUUGUCCUGUUUAUUAGUAUUGUACGAAUACUGAUACAGAAGCUAAGGUCGCCAGAUAUUGGAGGCAACGAUCACUCACAAUACAAGAGACUUGCUAAAUCCACACUGCUCCUAAUCCCGUUGCUUGGAGUACAUUACAUUGUGUUUGCCUUUUUUCCGGAUAAUAUUUCCCAAGAAUAUAAGAUGGCGUUUGAAUUAUGUUUUGGAUCUUUUCAGGGGUUUAUCGUUGCAGUCCUGUACUGUUUUUUAAAUAGUGAGGUUCAAGCGGAACUGAAAAAGAAAUGGCGGAGCUUGGUUUCAACUUGUCACUUAAAGUCUGAUUACAAUAUGCACAGAACGUCAAUUUCAGGGAAUGGUUCUUCUCGCAGAAAUACCCGAGCUCAGUCCUUCCUGCAGACAGAAACCUCUCUGGUAUAAACGUGGUUCUGAGGGCGGUGCUGAAUCCUGCAGUUUUCUACCUCCCACACAUUCAUCGGAAUCAAGAGAUCCACUCGUGUUUUCCUUGGACACAUGAGAGAAACCGAGGGGAACGUCAGGCACAGGCGCUUUCUUUCC